AUGCCGAAAAGCCUCCUCAAAGCGCUGCUCGUCCUAUGCAGUGUUAUUGGCUCAUACGGUACUGAUCCUGCUGCAAAGAAACCGUCUAAACCUCCAGGCCUGCCUCUGGUGGACUUAGGGUACGAACUCCACCAACCUACAUUCAAUGAAUCUGGGCAAUACUAUAAUUUCUCCAAUGUUCGGUAUGCAGCACCUCCGCUUGGAAACCUGCGUUUUGCUCCGCCAACCAGCCCCAACUUGAAAACCAAAUUGUUCAAUGAUGGUUCCAAAGAUGUAUCAUGUAUCCAAGCUGUACCAUGGUGGACCAAUUACACCAACGCAUGGCUCACGCAAGGAACCGAUGCAUUCAACAUUUCGGCAGGAUAUCAAGUACCUAACAUCACCACGCUUCCACGCCAGCCUCCAGCCCAGCAAGAAGAUUGUCUGUUCCUGGAUAUUAUGGUCCCAAAGGCUAUCUAUGAUAAUGCUAAUCGAUGUUGUGGUGCCCCAGUGAUGGUAUGGAUUCAUGGUGGUGGCUACACCCUUGGAUCAAAAACCACGUUCAGUCCUUCUGCAGCAGGACUGAUUGCAACUAGCCAGAGUAACGGCAGCCCAGGCGUGAUCUGGGUGGCCAUGAACUAUCGUCUAGGGGUAUACGGGUUCCUCUCUGGGCCAACCUUCAAGUCACAAGGCGGAACUAUGAAUGCCGGUCUCCUCGACCAGCGUUUUGCCCUCGGCUGGAUCCAAAAGAACAUUAAGAAAUUUGGCGGCGAUCCCAAACGCGUUACAGUCAUGGGCGAAUCCGCCGGUGGCGGUAGCGUCAUGCACCAGGUCACAGCGUACGGUGGAAAGAAAGGCAAAGUCCCAUUCCAAGGAGCAAUUGUACAAAGCCCUGGCUUCCAGCCAAUGCCCAGCGCAAAGGGUCAAGAGGCCGUCUAUAAGACUUUCUUGACCAAGGCGAAUGUGAAGACCCUCCAAGAGGCCCGCCGCCUCUCCGCCGAAAAGCUCCAAUUUGUGAAUUACAAGAUCAUUGGGGAAUCCAGCCCUUACGGAACAUUUACUUUCAAUCCUGUACUAGAUGGCGAUUUCGCCCCGGCACUCCCCGGCCAACUCCUGCUAGGAGGCAAAUACGACAAGAGCCUCCACAUAAUGGCAGGGCACAACAUCGCGGAAGGCAUCUCAUUCAUGGACCCGUUUGCACAAACCGACGACAGCUUUGCCAAGAACCUCCGCAUCUACUUCCCCACCAUUAGCGACUCCUCCGUAACAUACAUCUCCACCCAACUGUACCCACCCAUCUACGACGGAUCGUAUGGGUAUUAUUCCCCCACCUUUCGCAGCGACGCCUUUGUCACCGAGUGUUUCUUCACCUGCAAUACAAACUGGCUCGCCCACGCCUUCGCCAACAAAACAUACAAUUACAUCUUCAGCGUCUGGCCCUCGCUCCACGGCCAGGAUAUCGCCUAUACGUAUGCCAAUGGUCCGAGCGAGAGUAUACAGAACCUCACGCUCGCCACCAUUAUGCAGGGCUACUUUACGAAUUUUGCCAAGACUGGGAAUCCGAAUGGCCCCGGUGUUCCAUUUUUCCCAACCUAUGGCAAGGGCAGUGUCAGCCAGAAUUUGAAUCUUACGUCCAUUGGGCAGAUGAGAGAUAAUGCUGCGAAUGUGAGGUGCGAUUGGUGGCAGAAGGGGCUGGUUUAUUGA